AUGGCUGAUUUCAUGGCUGAAGUAAUGGGGCGAACAAUAUCUUUCGACCCUUCACAUGUCAUAUUAACUUGUGGUGCAACUGCUGCACUUGAGAUACUAACAUUUUGCCUGGCUGACCAAGGGAAUGCCUUCCUUGUCCCUGCACCCUACUACCCCGGAUUCGACAGGGACAUAAGAUGGCGAACGGGAGUUGAGCUAAUCCCUGUCCACUGCAGAUCAUGUGACAACUUCACACUAAGCAUAGCGGCUCUCGAGCAAACGUUCAACCAGGCCAGAAAACGGGGUCAGAAGGUCCGUGGAAUUCUCCUUACCAACCCAUCGAACCCCGUCGGGAGCCUGCUGACCCGGGACACACUGUACGAUCUCCUCGAUUUUGCUCGGGAGCGGAACAUGCACAUCAUAUCAGACGAGAUAUUUGCAGGCUCAACUUAUGGUGACGAGAAAUUCGUGAGCAUGGCCGAGAUAGUCGAGUCGGAGGAUGCUGACAAGGAUCGGGUCCACAUCGUGUACGGCCUGUCCAAAGAUUUUUGCAUCCCAGCUGAUUCUGGGGCCAAUGCUUUCGGAUAA